CUUCCCUGGAAGCUCAUCCAUUUCAAGUUUGAGCGAUUCAAGCAACCGUGGGACUCUAGACUUCGAUUUUCGAGGCUUCUGGUCUCGAAUUACUGGGAAGCUUUGCAUGGUGGGAUCAAGUUAUGCUUACUCCAAAGAAGUUUAGUGAAGAGUAUCCUCGGGGAACCCAUGUCCAACCGGAGUUGUCCCUUAGAUUAUCGCGAACUCGAACCAUUUGCAAUAUGUUUUCAGGUGGAGGCAAUGCUUUCGAACUGGAGUAUACUGGUAGUUGUAAGUCUUCAAAGAGUUGCUAUCCAUUUGGUGAUAGUAUUGGAUAUUUGCCUUCGUUGAUGUCAUUGAGUAUGAUUCAGUGCUCCAACGAUAGACUAAGCUUGAGGUUUCUGAUAGAAUUUUGGAACAAUAGCUAUAGGGGAUAUUACGGCUCUCCCAAUAUUAGUACUUCAUUAAUUGGAGAAGGAUCUUGGGAUGAAAAGAAGAACCGACUUCAUAUAGUUGCGUGCCGAAUCUAUUAUGCAUCGAGCUCCUUGGAUAAAUCUCAUGUUGGAGACUGCACAACAAGGUUGAGCUUAAGAUUCCCAGCCAUCUUGUCUAUCAGAAACACAAGCACCAUUGUAGGAGAAAUUUGGAGUGUGAAGCCUUGGAAUGAAUCAGGGUUCUUUGAUAGGGUCCAGUUUCGUUAUGGGGGACGAAUUCAACUUCAAGGUUUGAAGUAUGAGUACAUGCAAAUGGACAAAGUGAAGAAAUCAUGUCCAAUGAAGAAUCCUAGGACUAGUAGCAACAGGGGACAAUAUCCAUAUGACGUUUCUCCAGACAUGCGGUAUAGGUUGUUAGCUAUCGAAGGUUCUAAAGGAAGAAUUGGAUGGGGUUCUUUGGAUCCUCUUGCGGUAGGAGAUCAACAAUAUCAGAGAUUUCCAUUUCUACUACCAUCCUCAAGCUCAAAACCUAAUAAUCCUGCUGUUGAAUCCGAUUCCAACAGUGGCUUACUUAAUAUCAGCUAUAAAAUAAGCAUCACACUAUCUAGUUCGAAAUUGGGUGGUGGUCUUAAUCCGGUUAAUGAUUCUUCAAAUGAAUCUCUGCGAACUAAAAUCCGAAUUUCUGCUGAAGGGGUUUAUGAUAUAGCAACAGGUAGUCUGUGCAUGGUUGGCUGCAGGCAUUUGAGGUCAAGUGACAAAUCGUCUUCAAGUGAUUCUAUGGAUUGUGAGAUCCUCGUGAAAAUCAAUUUCCCUCCAUUGAACUCGGACAUGAGAAAUAAGAUCAAAGGAAGCAUCCAGAGCAUGCGCGAAAAAACCGAUCCUCUGUCCUUCAAGCCUCUGCAGUUUUCGGGAAGAUCUGAUUAUCGCAGUGGGAUAUUGGAACAGAUUGUGAUAACUGAUUUCGAGUCUAGAUCGAUUUGGAGAAUGAAUUUCUAUUUGACCACGGUGCAGAUUACUUUUCAACUGAUUGGGACGUUAUUGUUAUUGUGUCAGUUAUGUUCUUUUCGCUACAAUAAUCGGCGGUCGAUAUUUCCUUCCGAAGAGAGUCUAAUACUCUGUGACAGCUGAGGAACUUCCAGUGGAUACAUACUAUUUUGACAAAAUAACCCACCAAAUACUCAUGCCCAGGAAGAUAUUAUUUGAAGUUGCAGACGUCAAGUAAACUUCUAAAAUAGUAGAAUCUGUCUUGAGCUAGAUAUCGUCCAUAUACUCGAUAUAAUCUAUAUAAAGUGUUCAAUAAAUUGUAGGGUAAACUAUUAAAAUAGUCACUUUUAUUUGGUUCAAGUUACAUUUUAGUCA